AUGGUCCUCGUGAGCGCGGUGCAGAAAUUUCUGAAGUUGCAGUGCUACAUGUGGGUUCCCCGCGCGCAGAAGCGGAAAUACACCGCUACGCACAUGCGGGAACGGAAGGACUUUGCCCAAGCUGUUCUGUCCCUCUCCAUGGAUGGCUGCGUUCUGCCACCGCCGCCCAAGGCCAAUGGCCCGUGGCACCUACUUUGCGACAACGAAUCCUUCCUCAACGCCGCAGACUGCCAGGCUGAAUACCGGAAGUGGAAGCUGCACCUUCGCGAAAUACCGCAGCUGGACAUGAAUGACGCAUUGAAGAGGCGCCCCGUCCUCAGCAAGAUGGCACACAAAGCUCGGAUUCGGUCGUGA